GGAACCUUGAGUGCAGCAUGUCAACCACAGCUGCGGGAGCUCGCCCAGCAAUCUAUUUGGGCCUCACAAACAAACUCCCCCGAUCAACACGAGUCGCAGCGUGAUCGCGAGCGGCACUGCGCAUUCCUUUCAUCUUCAGCGCAGGGCAGCAGGGCACGGCAGACAGCAGCAGGCGACGCUAGGCAGGCAGGCAACAUGUGGGACGACGAGGACAACAACCCCUACGGCUCGUUUGAGCGUCGCGACUCCGAGACCAGCGACAUUCAGUCGCCUACAGAUCAAUACAAUCGAGCAUCGACCCCACCAUCUGGCCGCUCCUCACUCGAUCAGCCGCCAAACUUCCUCUCCCGACCAAACGACUUGAGCGAUGAGGAUCUCGAUGACAGUCAGAUCAAGGCGCCCAAGGUGCAGCCCAAAGAAGGAGGAUACGACAGCAGGAUAGAGCAGAUUCUAUACGAGCAUCCCGACCUACAGAUCGAGAUUGUCCACGCAGGCAAGAACACCGAAGGCGGCGGGGGCUUCAUCACAUACACAAUACGGACCGGCGAGAUCAUAGUGCGGAGACGCUAUUCAGAGUUUGCCUCGCUGCGACAAACACUGGUCAACUUGCACCCGACGCUGGUCAUCCCACCCAUUCCAGAGAAGCACAGUAUCGCGGACUACGCUGCGAAGCCUACGAAAGCUAAGGAGGAUGCGGGUAUCAUCGAGUUACGGACCCGCAUGCUUGCGACUUUCUUGAACAGAUGCAGGCGCAUGAAAGAGGUGCGGGAGGACGGCGUAUGGUGGAGAUUUCUCGACCCCAAUGUGAGCUGGAACGAAGUGCUUCACUCGCAUCCAGCUGCCAGUAUACCGAAAAACAACCUCAAAGCACCACCUCUCGAUCCGGCCAACCCCUCGACUGCUCAUCAGUGGCUACCGAUCCCAGCUGCUAACGCAAAGUUGCGCUCAUCCUCUGGUUCUUCCGCAUCAGGCACACCCACUUCUCCUCCUCGCAAUUCUGCAGUUCCAUCAGCUGCCGCACAUUCGACGCCACAGAUACAGUAUGCCAGGUUUCCACCGCUUAAUCAGACCUUGAGCGAAAGUGAGCUGGAUCCCUACUUUUCUUCGUUCGAGAACAGCUCGAAAGAGCUGGAGACGCUAUUGACAGGCUCAAUGGAGAAAGUCAAUGCUCGGCUGCUUCGCCACCUCACAAGUCUCGGCGAGGACCUGAUGGAUCUUGGGGCACGGUACAAUGCCUUCUCACUGUCGGAACAGUCUACCAGCGUGGCACAUGCCAUCGAGAAAGCUGGACAAGCCUGCGAUUUCACAUACAUACAGUCACGCGAUUUGACUUCCGCACUCAGUGCUGGCUUCGCAGAGCCAAUGCGAGAGAGCGCCCAGUUUGCAGGUGUUGUGCGAAGUGUGCUCAAGUAUCGGGUGCUGAAGCGUGUCCAAGAAGAGAUGACCCGAGACGAGCUUGAGAAAAAGAAGACUAGGCUGGCGCAGCUUGAACAGAGUGAGAUUGAGGCGAAGCGCAUCGAGCAGUAUAUGACUUCUUCCGGAAUGCACAACACACCCAGACGAAGCGCGAGCAGUGGCAGCAAUCGCAACCGACCCGGCACAAGCGACGGCGAUAAUGCUUCGGUCGACAGUGACUUUCCGCCUACUCAGGGCGAGACCUUUCCGAGCGCGGAGCAAGGCGGCUCUCAGGAGCCAUAUGGCAACACGCCGACAAGAUCCGCUAGUAGCGGUGGCCACAAGCGAGGUCCAAGUGGUAUCGUGAACAAGAUUUUCGGUCGCGUCAGCCAUACGAUACAAGGAGUCACGGACCAAGAUCCGGAGCGCGCUCGAAGAGAUGAUCUGGGCAAGACGAAGGAGAGCCUCUCACAGCUGGAGCAGGCGCUCGAAGUCUCGCAGAAGGACGUCAAGGAUGCUAGUUCAGGUGUGCUACAAGAUCUUCGUCGGUUCCAAGGGACGAAGGAAGAUGACUUGCGGAUGUACAUGCUCAACUUCGCCAAAGCGCACGUCGAGUGGUCGAAACGCAGCUUGGAAGAGUGGGAGAAGGCAAAGGUGGAGAUCAACAAGAUCGAAGUCCGGGGGUUGUAAUCAAGCCAUAGGAGCUCGCUCACGUUAUGCAUGUGCCAAAGGAUAGGGCGAUCUUGCAUAGAGCAUUACCUUGGUUGGUAUGCCCAAUAGCUCUGCACUCUCUGCAGCGUUAUCAUCGCAGAUUAAGCAACACCCGCAGUAUCGCUCAGCAACGUGACCACUUUCAUGCCAGACCGCCUAUCUGCUUCGAACUCACAAGCUUUCACCGCAAUGAUAAUUU